AUGUUGGUCUACACUUUAAUGGGUUUGCUUUUUACAAUUGGUAAAUGUUUAGCAUAUAACAGUCAAUGGGUACCUAGUUUUUAUUUGGGUACUUAUCCUGAAAGAUUUCAAACAUUAAGAAUGUCUCGGGGAUCAUGCAUUGUUUCUUUAAAUACUUUUAGAAGCAAACAUUAUAAUGUAGAAAUACCUUUAAUUAAUGGAUCUACACCAGCUGGUUUUUGUUCAAUAUUGUUAAACAGCAUCGAGAACUCGAGUUUAGCCAUAGCAAUAGAACAAAGAUUGACAGACUUAAACUACAGUAUAAUGAAUCAAAGCAUCAAGUUAUUUAGAGUCAAGAAUGGAAAUUUGAACCUUAUCCAAGAUGUCUGUGGAUCAACUGAUGUUCCUGGGUUAACAUUGGCUGAAUCAAAUAUUGCAAUACUUUUAAUAAAAGCAGACCAAAGCAUUAAUUUUGCAUUAAGUGUGUACACAUAUCAAUCUUUAAAUAUUAACAAGUAAACAAAGUAUUUAUGAUAAAAAUAACUUUUAAAACAAAAUUUUACUUUGUAUUAAAUAAUUAAAAAAAUAUAUGAAUUUAUAAUAUAUCAUGUAAAGUACUAAAAUAUAUAUAAUAAAUAAUAAUUUAUAACAAAAUUUUGUCUCUUUUUUUUUUUUGUUAAAAUAAAAAAUUGCCCUUUUAAAAGAAAUCAGAAG